AUGUCGACCUCCAAUCCAGCACCUGGUGUGGGAGGCACUGCCAAGGACGGUGGCCUGUCCACUGCCGCUACGGUGGCAGAUGGAGGCCCCUCUGGAUCCAAGCAGGACGGACAGUACCUGCCUGAGGAUAUGGAGUCUUCGGAGACACCGUCCGUCCUUCCAGGAUCGAGGAAGCUCGCAAACGAAGCGAAUGCGAAGACAAGCAACCAUGCUCCCGGAGUAGGCGGGACCGCUCAAGAUGGCGGUCUCAGUACGGCGGCUACUGUCGCAGAUGGUGGGCCCAACAACAGAGCAGAGGAUCCGGACUACAAGCCGCCGUCUUGA